GCGGUAGGCGGGUUCUCCCCUCUGCCCGCCAGUUCCCUGAGGUAGCUGCCUCUCCUCAGCCCGUUGUUCCCGUUCGAGCCGCGCGCUCCCGGCAGCGCGACGGGAAGAGGCGUUCGGCCGCGGUCUCCCGUCUCGUUCCCGGCUUCCCUCGGCCCCGCGGCGGCGCUUCCGCGCCUCUCCGAGCUGCGGGCGGAGCGGUGAGGACCGGUUGGGGCCGGUUGGCCGCGCAGGCGCAGGGCCCCGUAAACAGGAAGCGGCGGCGGCGGCGGCCCGGGCCGGCGGAGACAAAGGGGCCGCGGGCAGCGGGGAGAAGGGGCUCGGCCCGGCGAGCGGAGGUCCUGGCGGCGGGCGGCAGGAUGGUGCAGAAGGAGGGGCAGGCGGCCUUGGAGGAGCCCCAGGGCAGCCCCAACCCGGCCGGAGUGCCCGGAGCUCCCCUGGAGCCGCCGGGUGCCGCCACGGGGCCCGUCCCGGGAGGCGAGGAAACCGACACGGAGACGGAGACGGCGCUGGGCUCCCGCCGCUUCCUCUGCGGCGUGGUGGAAGGCUUUUAUGGAAGACCUUGGGUUAUGGAGCAGAGGAAAGAACUUUUUAGAAGGCUUCAGAAGUGGGGACUGAAUACAUACCUGUAUGCUCCAAAGGAUGACUACAAGCACAGGAUGUUCUGGCGGGAAAUGUACUCUGUGGAAGAAGCAGAGCAGCUAAUGACUCUAAUAUCAGCUGCACGUGAACAUGAAAUAGAGUUCAUCUAUGCAAUCUCACCUGGACUUGACAUCACUUUCUCAAAUCCCAAAGAAGUAUCCACGUUGAAACGCAAGCUGGAUCAGGUUUCCCAGUUUGGCUGCAGAUCUUUUGCCCUGCUGUUUGAUGAUAUUGACCACAACAUGUGUGCAGCAGACAAAGAAGUGUUUAGUUCCUUUGCUCAUGCUCAAGUAUCCAUAACAAAUGAAAUUUACCAAUAUCUAGGAGAACCAGACACAUUCCUUUUCUGUCCUACAGAAUACUGUGGAACUUUCUGUUACCCAAAUGUUGCUCAGUCUCCAUAUUUACGAACUGUAGGAGAAAAACUGCUUCCUGGCAUCGAUGUGUUAUGGACAGGUCCGAAAGUUGUAUCCAAAGACAUUCCAGUAGAGUCCAUUGAAGAAGUUUCUAAGAUCAUCAGGAGAGCACCAGUUAUCUGGGACAACAUUCACGCUAAUGAUUAUGAUCAAAAGAGGCUUUUUCUUGGCCCUUACAAAGGUCGGUCAACUGAGCUCAUCCCUCGACUAAAGGGAGUUCUGACCAAUCCAAACUGUGAAUUUGAAGCCAAUUAUGUUGCUAUUCACACACUUGCAACCUGGUACAAGUCUAACAUGAAUGGAGUGAGAAAAGAUGUUGUGAUGACUGAUACUGAAGACAGUACAGUUUCUAUCCAGAUCAAACUGGAAAAUGAAGGGAGCGAUGAAGAUAUUGAAACAGAUGUUCUCUACAGCCCACAAAUGGCCCUGAAAUUAGCCUUAACUGAAUGGCUUCAGGAGUUCGGAGUACCUCAGCAAUACAGCAGUAGGCAAGUGGCCCACAGCGGAGCUAAAACUGCUGUAGGGGACGUAGGGCCUCUGGUGGCACCGUCGUCUUUAAAUGCAGCAACUGUGGUUACCACAGUUUACCAGGAACCCAUCAUGAGUCAAGGCGCAGCACUGAGCAGCGAGUCACCAGCCUUGGUAAAGGAGGAAGAGAAGAAGCAAUGUGAUGAAGAGCCAAUGGACAUGGUUGUGGAAAAACAAGAUGAUGCGGACAAGAAUGCUAAUCAGAUAUUGACAGAUAUUGCUGAAGCAAAGAUGACAGAAGAGUUAAAGCCAAUGGAUACUGAUAAGGAGAGCAUAGCUGAAUCAAAGUCCCCAGAGAUGUCUAUGCAGGAGGACUCUGGUAGUGAUAUUGCCCCUAUGCAGACUGAUGAACAAAUUAACAAAGAACAAUUUCUGCCUGGGCCAAAUGAAAAACCACUCUAUGCAGUAGAACCAGUGACAUUAGAGGACUUGCAGCUUCUUGCUGACUUGUUUUAUCUCCCAUAUGAACAUGGGCCCAAAGGUGCACAGAUGUUGAGAGAAUUCCAGUGGCUUAGAGCAAAUAGCAGUGUUGUCAGUGUUAACUGCAAAGGAAAGGAUGCUGAAAAAAUAGAAGAAUGGCGUAACCGAGCAGCUAAGUUUGAAGAGAUGUGCAGCUUGGUGAUGGGAAUGUUCACUCGCCUCUCCAAUUGUGCCAACAGAACAAUCCUUUAUGAUAUGUACUCCUACGUCUGGGAUAUCAAGAGUAUAAUGUCAAUGGUGAAAUCUUUUGUGCAAUGGUUAGGGUGUCGUAGUCAAUCUUCAGCACAGUUCUUAAGUGGAGACCAAGAACCCUGGGCCUUUAGAGGUGGUCUAGCAGGAGAGUUCCAGCGUUUGCUGCCUAUUGAUGGGGCAAAUGACCUCUUUUUUCAACCGCCUCCUUUAACGCCCACUUCCAAGGUGUACACCAUAAGACCCUACUUCCCCAAAGAUGAGGCAUCCGUGUAUAAGAUCUGCAGAGAAAUGUACGCUGAUGGAGCUGAUCAACCUUUCCAUAGUUUACCAGACUUAAUUGGAGACAAGUUAGUAGGAGGUCUACUCACCCUCAGCCUGGAUUACUGCUUUGUCUUGGAAGAUGAGGAUGGCAUAUGUGGCUAUGCUUUGGGAACGGUUGAUGUGACUCCUUUCAUUAAGAAAUGCAAAAUGUCUUGGAUCCCUUUCAUGCAAGAAAAAUAUACUAAACCAAAUAGUGACAAGGAGCUGUCUGAGGCAGAGAAAAUAAUGCUAAGCUUCCACGAAGAACAAGAAGUAUUGCCAGAAUCGUUCCUUGCCAACUUCCCAUCUUUGAUAAAGAUUGAUAUCCACAAAAAAGUGACAGAUCCAAGUGUGGCCAAAAGCAUGAUGGCCUGCCUGCUCUCUUCUCUAAAGGCUAAUGGCUCCCGUGGGGCUUUUUGUGAAGUGAGGCCAGAUGAUAAAAGAAUCCUGGAAUUCUACAGCAAGCUGGGCUGUUUUGAAAUUGCUAAAAUGGAAGGAUUUCCAAAGGAUGUAGUUAUCCUUGGAAGAAGCCUUUGAAGUGCUCAACAGCAAACUGUUCCAGUGCUGUAGUCCCUUAACAUCUGGGCGGGUAGUGGUGGGGAUCUUCAUAUGGUCUAGCUGAACAAAGCCAGCAAUAAGCCAGCUUGGGAGAGGGGACUAUGUGAAAAUCGCCCAUCACGCAUUCAGACUGAUUUGUUGGAAGAGGAUAAUGCUGCUGAAAACACCAUUUUAACAAGAGAAUCUUUGUCCUCUCCUGGUCUUGUGUGAAGUGCCAAGGAACCUUGCAUGGACUAUAUAGCUUCCUGGAGGAAUCCUUCUGAAUCAGCGUUGUGGUUGACAACAGUUGUGUGUUUGAGUAUCAGCAGGAAAGUGGCUGCUAGAAGGAAGUAUCUAUAAAGAUGCAGUUUUGUUUCUAUGUCAUAGAGCAGGAUGUGCAACUGGAAGUUGCAGGAAUGGGAGGGGUUACUUAUGUCAAUCAGCAAAUGUAAAGAUAAGUAGUUACAGUUCUAUUUUUGACUAUCUUUAUGCUUGUUGAUAAAGCAAUGACCCAUUGUCACUUCUAACGACCAUUGGUUCAAGCUUUGUGCUUUGUUAGGGACAAAUGCGCAGUGGUCCGUGGCAGAAGUCACUUAAUGACAAACCUGUAAAUUUCAGUGUAUAUAAACUUAGCCGUAUGCCGACUAACUUUUUGUUUACCAGUUUUUGUAACUUUUUCUUUUAAAAAGUGAAAGGAUAUAGGUCCAAGAUGGCACUUUUGAAUAACGUAAAACCACGAUGGAGAGCAAAUCUGUCCUCAGCACUGACUUCUUUUUUUUAACUGUGCCUCACGUCCAGGGCUAGAAAGUGAGCAUCUUGGGUAAGGAGUGCUGAUCCCAAGGAUCCUUCCUUCACGUGGCAGUUGGUUUCCUGCCGAGCUCCCGCAGCUCAAGGCUGUACCAUCAUUCUCCUGGGGCAGAAGCAGCAAUUCACAGGGCGGGCUGCUGAACCUGUUACUUUUGGUGGCGUUAGUACAGAACUGUGGGUGGAAGAUAGAGGGGGAGAGCUGGCCCACAGCUGGGAUUUGUCCUUGGAACACUCACCGUGUUUCAAAGCCCUUUCAUUCUGGUUCGAUUAAAUCAGGGUCUUCAAGUCCUGCACAUUUGUAUCCAAUAACUUUUCUAGAAGAAAUGCCACAACAAGCACAUUUUUACUCGUUAUUUAAAUGGUUACCUAUUUUUAAAUGUUACAAGACCUCGGUGUUCUUAGCCAGGUCUGACACUUGGGCUACGUGGUGGAACCAGCGUGCGGUGGGAUCUGAUAGCAUAGCGAGGUGCUUACAGCAUUGGUGACAUCGGGGUGUCGUAGCAGUCCCAGUGUCACAGAGGAGUGCAUGGCCAACAUCGCAGCACCACAUUUCUUUCACCUGCGGUCGUCUUAACCUUCCUUCUUUGAUUCCCUGCGUUAUUUCAGCGGUGCACGAAGGAAGUUGGGUUCCUUACACGAGCUUCCAGCUGCACCGAAGUUACACAACCUAUAAUGAACGGCAUUAAGACUGCAGUGAUGUUGGCUGCAGCCUGUAAGGAGAUGCGGUGCUCGGCCUUCUGCUGCAGUCACAUGCAGGACUUUGGUUUUUUUUCCUUUGCAGAAUGUGAACCUUUAUUUUAAUGCGGUAGCGAAAAUAUUUAAGUUGAAAUAAGUUCAUUUCAUUUUUAGAGAGAGGUACGGGGUUGUUCUGUGGGAUUUCAUGUCAGUCAGAGCUGAAUGCCACUAGCUUUUAUACAGCUUUGAAUGCAUGUUGAGUAGCUGACACCUUGGUUUAUCAGACGGGAGAGGUUUUUUGUUUUGUUUCUUCAUGGAUACCGGAGUCAACUUCUUUUAUCUGGGUUCAUAGCAUUACAGCAUAGGAUGCUCGUGGCCUUAUUUCUGGCUUUUAAGGAGCUGCCACAGUUUCUCUUCCUAUGACUUUGUUAUUAUUAUAAAAGUUAAUUGUAUAAGCCUAUGGGAAUGUCAGGCCAAUGCCAUCAUUCUAGGAUUGUAAAGUGAUAUGUUGACAUAUCUUUCAUGGUUAAGACUUUUCAUUAAGGUUGGAAUGCCACUUUCGUUAAUCUGUUUUUAGAUCAACAGUAUCUGUAGCAGGAAAGGGGGGGGGGGGGGGGGGGGGGGAAGACCUGUACAACUGUAUUUGAAGACCAUGCAAGAAAUAGAAUAAAAAUUGAGAAGUGAAUGUAAAUAA